AGUGACAGUAACAGAGUGAGUGAGAGCGGGGUUGAUAGAGAUAGAGAGAUUAGGAAAGAGAGUGUGAAAUAGAUAUAGUAACAGAAUAAUUGAAACAGAUACAGAAAUCGCGAGUAACGGAGUGUUUUAUUGCAGAUGUCCGCUACAAGAGUGGAGAUCUUACGUUAUCCAGCCAUAACUUUAGAGUAAACCAUUGUAUAUUGGCCCCUGUCUUUGUGAGUAAGCAGUUGUUUACCCCGAUGCAACGAUGGGAACAACAAGGAUACACACCCAAAAAGAAGCUAACCCUGAAAACAGUCUCCAGUGUACUGGAUGAACCCUCUAACUAUGGAAGCCAGUCUUUUGCCCAUCCAUCUACUGCUUCCGAUGUACCUGUUCAAUUCUUAAAUGAAAAUUAUAAAAGUUUACCACAAGAGUUAAAAAAAUGGAGCACAGCUGAUGUAGUUCGAUGGCUAGACCAACAGGGCUUGGCAAAACAGUUUGCUGUGAUAUUUAAUGAGAACCAAGUUACAGGGACCACUUUGGUGGAAGGAAACUUACAUUUUCUUGAUACUUUAAAGGAAAUAGCUCUUGAAGAUCGAGAAUUAUUGUUAUCCUCUAUUUAUGAACUGCUGAACCCCAACUCGAUACAAGUGAAGGAGGAUGAUUUGAAGAGAUUUACCUCAAAUGCAGAGAGGGAGAAGUACCUAGCUGCUGUACAUGUGGCACAAUCAAAGGACACACACUUGCAUUUGGUGGAAGCCACUUCUCCCAAUGCGCCAUCAGCAAUGUCGACAUCUUCAUCAUGUUCAUCACCCUUCAACAGGCAUCUUGACUGGCCUAACCACGACAAUGAUACCAGUUGCAUGCAUCAAAGCCAUAUCUCACUCGACGAAAGAGAAGUUACUACAGAGUCUUGCUCUAUGUCUUCAUUUGCUAAUGACUGGGGUAGUAGUGAAGUCUCGCGGUGCGUGGCUCGCCAGGUGUCACUGUAUGAACUCCUCAGCCUUGAGAAGAGAAAAGAAGUGUGCUGCAUCGACGUGAGCCGACCAGAAAACUCACACUUUGAGUUUAAUGUGGAAACCACUGAGCAGGGACAUGUGCUGAUUAAUGAGGCUCGAGGCCUUGAAAUCAAUCCAGGAGACAGGAUACUCGAAGUAAAUGGUGUAUACAUAUGCAAUGAAAACGACUUGAAACAAGCAACAAAGAACUGUGACUGGUUAAGGAUGGUUGUGGUACGCAGUGAAAUUCCUAGUGAAGCUGAAGUUUAUGAACCUCAGUCUGCUGGCUUCCUUCAUGAAAGUAAAAAUCUCAAAAACCAGACCAGUGAAUUGAAAUCAAGGAAUGAGCUGGAUGUCAACACUGGACCUAAUAACCAUCAAGGUGGCUUUUUUCAUGGUCCCUCCCCACUCCUGAAAUAUUCUCCCACUGAGGUUACUGUCAGUGGUGUGGGUACUGCCACCCGCACAACCACCUCAACUUCUUCCCCUUCUCACAACCAAACCUCCCCAGCUGCAGCACCUGGGAUUACAGACCAACAGCAAGAUCCCAAAACCCCUUCUCCUUGCUCUCCAGCUGUGCUAUCAUCUUCAGAGUGGCGUUGGAAAAAACUAAGAGAUCUUGUUCUGCAGAUGAAAGAAAAAGAUUUAGAUGUAUUGUUAAAUGAUGGGGUAAACCAAAAAACAGAAGAGGCAAAGGAUAAAUAUAUAUUACAGGAAGAAAUUAGACAACUGCAAGAAGCAUUAAAUAGUAGUUCCAAGAAGAUAAAUCAUUUACAGAAAGCACUUGAGUCAAAGACAACGGCACUUCAAGAACUUGGCACAGAACAUGAGCAACUUCGCAAAAAAAUUGAAAACCAAAGUCACAAAAGUACAGAAAGUGACGAUUCACUGUCUCAGGAAGGUUAUGCAGAUCAAGAAUGUUGGAGGAACCUUUCAGACUCAAAAGAAGACCUUUUAGAAGAACUGAAGGAGAAGACUGCAGAAGCUAGUCAACAGAAAGCUUUCUUAGACAACUUAUUGUCUGCUGUUGUAAAGCAUGCUCCUUGGCUUCUUGACGAUGUCGAUGCUGAUUUAGAGAGUAUAGCAAUGAUGUCUCAUGGAGAGCAGUGGUGUUAGGGAAUUUCGCUCUGAUGUCCUUAACAAUGACAUCCUAAUUAUGUUCUUAGUUUUGUUUCUGUGACUUAAUAACGUUUUUAUAAUUUUCUUUUAUUAAUUGGAUAUUUCUACCUGAGUGUAGGGAGGGAAUAUAAAACCUUAGGAGGAAGGGUGAAAAGUAAUAAUAAUAAUAAUAAUAAUAAUAAUAAUAAUAAUAAUAAUAAUAUUAAUAAUAAUGAUGUUACAAAUGAAAAUAAGAACGAAGGUUCAGUUCUUUGAUUUAUUUUUAAUAUCAUAUGUUUUAAAGUUUACAGUAAAAUAAUUGCUCUUAUUUUUGUUUUACACAUACUCAUAAACACACACACACAUGCAUGCAUACAUACACAACACACUCACACACAUACACUGACAUACAGAUACAGCAACAUGCACUUGAAUCUCAUCACAUCUCUCUAACCCUAAAUCUUCAAACUGGAUUCCUUUUUCAUACUAAUCUUAAAUGACUAUUUUUCAACAACAUGGAACCUAGUUGUUUAGUCCCCGUGCAGUCAUGAUUUCACAUUUAAUCAAAAGCAUUCCACCUAUGGCUAGCCAGUUUUUUCAUACCAAGGAUAACACUGUCCAUUUGUUUCUUCUUUUGGUUUCAAGAUAAUAAAGGUGGAUUUCAAGGAAAUUGCCAGCUAUUUCUUGCAGUUCAGAUUAAAACCUAAUUCUCAAACCACUUAAUUAAAUAUUUUCAGAAAUAUUUAUCCAGUUUCUCAGAUUCUCUGAGGUCCUUAACGAGAGUUACAGCAGAAGAACUUACCCAAGGUCCCAUUAUAUAUUUGCACUCUCUCACAUGUAUACUUGUAUAUACAAACUCAUGCUAAAUUAUAUACACACAUAUGAAACACAAACAAAAUCUAAGUAGGUCGUUUCAAGGUCGAUAUUAUUGUUUCAAAUUUUCUAGCUAAAAGCAACUAAAAUCUAUAAAGAAUAUCUUUAGAUUUUCAUGUCUUACCACAGUGGAGUCUGGUUGUACUCAAGUUUUGGCAUUAGUUACCAAAGUGUUUUAGGGUUAGUUAUCACUGUAUUUUAGUUUGAAGUAUCUCAAAACUAAUUAGUUCAUAAGGUUUACAUCACUUGACAGAAUCUUUAUGAAGUAUUUUGAAUUUCUAAUGUGAUCUCAUCAAAUACAGUUCAUCUCUUCACAAGCUUUACUCAUGGACAGUCAAAAUAAAUACUAUAUCUAUGGCAGUUUCACAGUAUUAUUGCUGCUUUUAGUGUCCUAGCUACACACAUUGUCAUCUGGUACUUCCAGAUAGGUGAACUUUUCCAUUGAGAUUUAAAUAUCAAAAGCAUAGAUACACUGCAAUAUUGCUAAGACUGAAUUCAGAGUGUUGGUAGUUCUGUAUUCUCUCAGCUCUGCUGUCUGAAACUCUUUGAUUUUUAUAUAUUAUAUUUAUCCUUAGAAUAAGACAUCUAUUCAUUUAUGCUUGCCACUGUUUGCCUAGCUGACAAACAAGCUCUACAGCAACACUCCAUGGCUGAGUGAUUUUGCAAUAUCAAAUCCAGUCAUCUAUAAAAUAAGCAGUAUGACAUCAAGCCAACA